GGAAACGUCCUUUCUGUGGCUGAUGCAGCAGCUAGAUUUGAAACCAAAUUUAUAGGUGAACAGCCAUACAUUUAUCCUUCUUUGCAAUAACAACCUCUUGAAAGUAUUUGGGAUGUCAGCGACUGACUGGUACGCGCAUAAAUCGCUGGAAAACGAGGUGUUUUGGAUCCAGGAGCGCUUUUAUGAAUCAGGGAACAGGGCGAAUAUUUGGCUCAUACGCGGGUCCCAUCAGGACGUAGUCAUAGAUACCGGGCUGGGGUUACGGAGCCUGCCUGAAUACAUCAACACCAAAGGGCUGUUAGGGGACGAUUCGAAGCGAAAGAACCCGCUGUUAGCUAUCGGCACGCAUGUGCAUUUCGACCAUUCGGGUGGGCUGCAUCAGUUUCAACAGGUGGGCGUGCACAGGGCGGAGGUGGAUGCUUUGGCGAACGGAGAUAACUUCGAGACAGUGACAUGGCUAUCGGACCGCGAGAUCGUGGAGAACCCAGCACCUGGCUGGAGAGCGAGACAGUACCGAGUGAAGGCCGUCACGCCAACCCACAUAUUACAAGAAGGUGAUGUCAUCAACCUCGGGGACCGGCAGCUUACUGUUCUCCACAUGCCAGGUCAUUCCAGAGGAAGCAUCUGUCUCCAUGACAAGGAGAGUAAGAUGCUCUUCAGUGGUGACGUGGUCUAUGAUGGAUCCAUGAUUGAUUGGCUGCCCUUCAGUAGGAUCAGCGACUACGUGCAUAGCUGUGAAAGGCUGGUGGAGAUGGUUGAUAAAGAUGAAAUUGACCUGGUCAUGCCUGGUCAUUAUAACACUUUCGGGAGCAAACGGCUUCACCGGUUAGCUUCCAACUACAUCGCUAGUGCCGGUACCUGCCACAGAGCUUCCACCUGUGUGGUGAAGUCCAUUGCCAGUCUUGCACUUCGAGCCUCCAACUCACGAAGUGUCUGUUAGUAGUUAUGAAAAAGACUACUAUGCAACAGUAUCUGACACAGCAUACCUCAAAACUGAGCGCACUAAAUCACUGAGCAGUACAGUGUGAUAAAGAUAAACAGGUAAUUCGGUAUACAGUUAUGUUAAGACAAGCGCACGCCACAAGACUGAAGCUUGUUGCCCUUUCAGGUUUAAAGCCUGCGACUAGCUUGCAACAUAUACCCCACUUCGUAGCAUAUACCUAAUACUUUUCUAGUGCACACACUUGUUAGGCACACUUUAACCAGUAGGAGGGGAGAAUGAUCUUGAAUUGACACACCUACUCUGCGAUUAUUUGCAUAAAGUGCGUGCCAAAACAAUAAGAAACUGUUUUUAAAACUGUAGUUUGUAAUUUCUGUGACAUUAGCAUCAUCAAGCAGAACUGCAAAAAAAAUUGCUGUUUUCAGACAGAUUGCAGAAAACUCCUCUUGUCUUCCAUUGGUUGUACAAACAGAUAGUCCCGCCUCAGACUCAAACCAUUGGUUGAGGCAAUGUUGCUGUGUCUGGACAGGCUACUCAAACAAACAAGGGAAAGGAUAGUGCCACAGUGUUACACUUUUAGGUGAAAUCAGCCUACAAAUUACUUACUUAUAGUUGACUACAUAUGAAGUUCGCAUACGAGAAAUAAAUUUAACGUAGAAAAAAACAAAAUGAACGUCAAGCCUACAGUCUUGUAGUGUGCGCUUGGCAUUCCAGUCUGUAACUAGUGUUUGUGUUGGUGAGAGAAACUAGUUUGCAUGAUUGCACUAAAUCAUCAUAAAGUCAACAAUAAAAUUGCCAUAUAUUAAUUAAUAAUUUUGAAUGUUAAAGGAAUAUUUCAGGUUUAAUACACAACAGCACCAGUGGUAUGCUGUCAGUUACCAUAGAAAUAAAUGUUGUUUUUACAGUAGAAGACUAAGGGGUGAAAAUACAACAAUGACUGGAAAAUCUACUUCUGUUAACACAUUUUUGUUUGUGUUUUUACAUUUUUUUUUUUUUACAAAGUCAUUCAGAUGCUGUCAAUAGAGCCUUAACUUGUAUUUAACCUGGAAUAUUCCAAUAGACCUUAUUCAAACUAGUGCCAUCUUUGAUUUUUAAUGAGAAUGACGACGGGCUCUUUCAAUGGGCUGUACCGCAGUUUAAAGUGUUUUUAGAUCGUUCCGCGGACAAAACAUUCAGUAUUCAAAGAACUCCAGACAACAUGAGUUGUGGAAAAUAAGAUGUGUUAUAGGUGCUUUAUACAGCUGUAUACCAUUCGUGCCAUUGAAGAGAUGGUAAAUCUAUCCCUCAAAGCCUCGUCAUUCCCAUUAAAAAUUAAAGAUGGCGUUAGCGUGAAUAAGGUAGGAAAAACUAAACAUUUUGAGUGUAUGCUGUAAUCAGGGGUGUUAUUUGUGGUUUACUGAACUUAGAGACCAUGUCUUCUUCAAUAGUAUGUCUUUUAGAUCCCCAAAGCACACAUAGAGUUGAGUUAAUAAGUUUGCAUCCCCCUUGUAUAAUCUGCAAGAUAUGUGUCAUUUAAAAAAAAUAAGAGAGAUCAUAACAAUUGCAUUUUGAUUUAUUUAGUAAUGCCCUAAUGAAGCUAUUUGACACAACCAAUAUUUACAUACAGUAUGUUCCACAAGACAAAGUAAUGACUGAAUUUAUGCAGUCCUGUUCAAAAGUUGACUUCCUUUCUUCUGCAGAAUACAAAUUAAAGAUUUGUUUAGAAGAAAUUUUCAUAAUGCAAGUGAAUGGGUGCCAAAUAUGUAAGCUCCAAAAUCCACAUAAAGGGAGCAUAAAAGUAAUCCAUAUGACUCCAGUGGUUAAAUCCAGGUGUUCAGACACGAUAUGAUAGGUUUGGGUGAGAAACAGAUCAAUAUUUAAGUAAAUUUUUUUUUUUAUCAUAAAUUCUCCUCAAUGCCCAGUAGGUGGUAAUAUGCAUGAAGGAUGUUAAUCACCAAAAACAGAAAAAGGAGAGUGUAAAAGUGAAAGUGAAGUGGAGAUUGACUGGGCAGGGAGGAUAAUUUAUAGUAAAAGGGAUAUAAAUAUUGAUCUGUUUCUCACCCACACCUAUCAUAUCACUUCAGAAGAUAUGGAUUUAACCACCAGAGCCAGCUGGAGUACUUUACUAGCCCGUAUGUGGAUUUUGGAGCUUCAACAUUUUGGCACCAAUUCACUUGCAUUGUAUGGACAUACAGAGCUGAGAAAUUCUUCUAAAAAUCUUCAUUUGUGUUCAGCAUGAGGGUGAGUAAAUGAUGAGAGAAUUUUCAUUUUUGCGUGAACUAACCCUUUAAAGGUGCAGUAUGUAAGAUUCAGAAACCCUUGUUAUUAAUGACACCUGUGGCCGUUAAGUGAACUGCAGCCUGUUGCUCGUGCACACACUCCAUAGGGACGCGAGCGAGCAUGACUCCAUAGGGAAGUGAGACUGAACGUGAUUCACCGGCAUCAUGCUGACAGAUCAUUAAAAUUACACAGUUAUGAUUGUUUUACUACAAACUUUGAGACUGUAUGUUAUGUUUGACUCUCCAGUGCUGGAACAGGGCUAAAACAAAGUGUGGAUAUAGGUCUGACUAUGCCAGACUGUAGUUUGAAGUAAUCACUUUUCUUUGCAUGAUACAUUGACUGCAUUUAUAGGAUAGUCUAUGUCGGCGUUAGCUAGCCAUCCAGCUUUAUCAAUAGCUGUUAGCUAAAUUUGGUGGAUGAUGACAGUAGCUGUUUAUAAAAUAGACUGUACAUUAUAAAUAUGUUGACACAAUUCAGUAUUGAUGUGAUUCCAUCACAACUGUCAUUUUGAUAUAUCGAUGCACUAUUGUUUUAUAAUAAUAGAUUGUGUAUAUUUUCUGUAUAACCAAGUUACAUUACACUAAUGAAUGGAGCUUUUAGAUUUA